GGAAUUCUCGUGUUUUCUGUGAUAUCCGCGGCCCCUUUGACGUACAACCGCACAUACCACUACCCUACUUGGGCUCUGGUCCUCGGAUGGACCCUGGCCUUAGUGUCUAUGGUGACCAUACCAAUUUACUUCUUCUUCCACUUGUUCUCCAGGCCUGGAAGCACUUUAAAAGAGAAAUGGAGAGAAGCUAUCAAAUCAAAAUAUGACAUACCAAAAUGAUAAAGGUUGACAAAUUUACACAAGAUGUUCAUGUGUUCAGUAAGUGUUACAAAUAAUAUUACAAAAUAUGUAUAUAUUAACAAAUAUAAAAGUUUAUUUUCCAAAAUUACAAGUAAAGAGUAAAAUACUACCCCACAAGUAGGAUACUGUUGGCAUGUAGGUGCAACAAUAAAAUAUAAUUGUUGAUCUUAAGAAAUAUCACAUUAGCUAAACAACAAAACUGGCAAGACAGCCAUUUCUGCAUUCGAGCUUCUUUGAAACAACACUUCAUGUAAAGUUUAAAAGCAGUCAAGACGUUUAAGCACAUUAUGGUAACUUUUGGUUGAGUUUAACCAGCAAGUACGAGCAACAGCAUGAGUAAUACUGAGUUCAAAGUCGCACUAAAAUGAUGAUUUCUAAGAUGGACAAGAGAUCAGAGUCCAAUCUCCACCUUAAAAUUUACAGGAAGUGGAAUAAAACAUCUAAAUGAAA